AUGAGCACGAUAACUUAUGUGCUCGAGGGCCUGACCGAGCCCAACGCGACCGAGAAUGCCGUCGCCGAAGCCGUGCACACAUUCAACGAGCGAGCCAAGUCUGCCCCCUUCUCGAUUGGGGACUUCCUCUGGGAAGCCUUCAACGCAGUCUUUGACGUGGCUGGAUGCACCCCAGGCGAGAGGCAGGGCAGGCUGCUCGAGUUCCUGGGCCAGCUGCAGCAAACAACCGCGGCAGAUGCAGAGGGGCGGCCGCUGAGGUACGAGGGCGGCUUCGUAUGGGAGGACAUGCCGUCUUUUGGCUGGGUUGCAAGGGAUCGGUGGAAUUUCGACAUCUGUGACCCUUCAGCCAUACCGCAGGACCGUUCAAAGUGGGAGAAUUGGGCCGCUUUGCUCGCGAAGCUGACUUCAUUAGCAAGGUCAGAUAACCCACAGCAUCCGUUUGACUUCUCGCUCUUUGGACUUUGGACCAUGAGGACCGCUUUUGAGGGAGCACCUCUCGAGACAGCGGCCCUUGCGUCGGCGGUCAAGCACGCCGAUAUUUGGGUCCGUUAUUCCGGGGAACGGCUCCGGAGACUGUGCCGAGAUGGUCGCACCUUUCAGGGGAACAGCGGCGUUGCCGGGAGCAAGUACGCCGACCGGGGAUGGAGAGGCUUCAGCAAGGAGAGAUGGACGGCAUGGAGGGAUGAGUUGAGGGCAGCCCGAGAUAGGCACGGAGAUGAUGCUGUUAUCCAAGACGCAUGUGGCUGA